AGCGGAAAUAUUUGUAGUUUCGUGUAGAUGUUUUGUGGGGUGAUUGCGCCAAUUUUGGGGGACGCUUCAAAAAAAUUAUUUUUCACCCAGAUAUUUUGGGUUUAGUGUGUAAUUUUCUCUUUAAUUAUCAUCACAAACAUCUCCUGCUGUAGUAUCAGUUGGAAAUUUUGGAAAAAUUGAAGGACAUUGGUGAAAAUUCGAUGGGCAAAGUUUGACAGACGCUUGGGAACAAUGUCGAGCAGUGAUGACUUCGAAGAGGACUCUGUGGAUGAUUUUUCCGCCAGUGAGGACGAGUGGAAGCCUUCGAAAAAGGACGCUUCGACAAGCGAGGAGGAAGAAGUGGAGGACGAUGACGAGGAUGAAGGAACCAGUCGAGGGACAAAGAGGAAACGUCCAGCAAAGGGCAAAAUUAAUACGUCAGCUGCCAAGCGGAAAGUACCUUCGCUAAGGUCCAAAAUGUUCAGGAAGUACAAACCUAUUCCGAAAACAGUCAAAAGUCCACCGGGACCUCCAAGAAUAAUUCCCGGUACCAUUCAGCAGAUUCUCGAACAAUCGCGCUAUCAGAAGGGCAAAAAAGUGGUUGACCCUGAUGAUUCUGGAAGCAGUGGCGAUGAACAUCUUGUGCCAGCGAGUGAACUUGACCUUGAAUCCAAUUUCUUUAAGGCAAAACCCAAAGAGGACACUCCACCGCCCAAUUUUGACUGCAAUGUCGGAAUGAGACUUUCAGAUUCUGAUGAAGAAGAUGAGAAUCCUGCUGAAGAGGACACCAAGAUCAUGUCAAAAAUUGUCUCAAGGAUCAACCAGACAUCUUCCAAUUCCAUGGAUUUUAGGAAAUUGGAGGAUUUCACUGAAAAUAUCCCCAAGAUCAAAGUUGCAGAUGAUACAGCAACGAAAAAUCACGAAAAUCUCGACAUAUCAUCCCUUCUGGCCAUGGGAGAGUCAACUGGUGUGACUAAGAAGAGCCAGAAGGCUUCAAAAAGUAGAAAAAGACCCGCAGGCAGGGAUUCAGAGUCAGACUGGGAAGAAGUUGAAGACUACGAUAUUCCGGAGAAUUCAGUCCCGUCCGAGGGAAUUGUUGUGGAACUUCCAUCAGAAUUUCAGCGUCGCACAAAGAAGGAGGUUGACUUGGAGGCUUGUAUCAAGCGAAAACUCAAUCGACAGAUUAAGGAAAACCAGAUUUAUCUCCAUAAGGUCAGUAUACUCUGUUUCCUGGCCACAGGGAAUCACAUGAAUAGCGUCCUGUGCAAGGGAAAACUCCUGGAUGCUGCUGUCAAACUUUUGCCGAGUAAAAACAGUUAUCCACGGAAAAAUGGAGCAGAUUCCCAGUAUUUCCAGCACAUGACCAGUUGGUUCCGGGGAGCUGUGAAGUUGGAAGAUCCUAAGAUGUACGGAAAGCUCAAUACAAUGAAGUUGCAGGAGCAAUUGGAUGAAGAAAUAAAGAAUCGUCAGACUUCGUGCUUCAGAAACUUCACAUUGAUUUUCCUUUUGCUCCUCAGGGGGAUGGCAAUAGAUUCGAGGUUGAUCCUGAAUUUCACAGGACACCCAAUAAGGCCACAUCCUAGCCAGCUAUGCAGAAUUACUAUGAAACCCAAGGAGGAGAAGGAAGAAAAACCCGGAAAACCCUCAAAGAACGCCAAGAAACCGAAGAUUGAGGAGAAAAAUCCGCGUCCCGGAAGUUCUAAAAGUUCAUCCAUACCAAAUGGGCUUGCAAAAAAGAAUCAGACAAAAGAGAAUCCUGCAAAGGGGUCAAAAGUCAAUCUUGAAAAGUUGAAAAGUCAAAAGAAACCUGAAGAAAACCCGCCAAUUGUCUUGAGGAGUCGUCAAGCUAAGAUUGUGGCUAGAAAACCUUCUGAGAAUACCCCUGAAAAGUCUCCAGAGAAGAUCUUCCAGGAAGAUACUUCUCCAGUGCGAAAAACACGUUCACAGACGAGAAAUCAAACAUCCCAAGCGCCAAAUCUUAGCAAGCUGAAGAAAACAAAAACAACGAAAAAUUCAGCGUCAGAGCCUCCUGUAAAAGCAAUUGAAAUUGAAACGACUCCACAACCCUCAACUUCUCGCCAAACUCCCAAAAAGCCAGACUCUCGGCUCUUUGCCCCGGAAGCUGUGAUUCCGCGACAGAUAAAGCCCAAACCAAUCGAUCAUCGAGUGUUCUCGUCUGACAGUGACGACUGGACGCGUGAGAAGAAGCGGAAAGAGGAUAAGAUUGACAUUUGGGUGGAAGUGUAUUCAGACAAAGAGCAGAAAUGGCUGGCAAUUGAUCUGUUUAAUGGCAAAGUAGACAAAAUUGAGAAGAUCAUCCAGACAGCUUUUCAGCCAAUAUCUUACGUCUUUGCCUGGCAUGCUGACAAGACUGUCAAGGAUGUCUCUCCAAGAUACUGUCCUCAGUGGAAUACCACUACCAGGAAGUACAGGAUAGACAAGGAGUGGCUAGAUGACACCCUUCAACCGUUUCUCGGGAAGAAAACCAAGAGAGACAGGGAAGAAGAUCGAGAAUUGGAUAAGAUUCACCUUGAUAAACCAUUACCCAAAACCAUCACAGAGUACAAAGAUCAUCCACUGUAUGCCCUCGAACGCCAUCUGCUCAAGUACCAGGCCCUCUAUCCACCAAAUCCUCCUCCAUUGGGCUACGUGAGGAAUGAAGCAGUCUAUGCCAGGGAAUGUGUUCAUACGCUCCACACGCGUGAGCACUGGCUCAAGGAGGCGCGUGUCGUGAAACCCGAACAGACAGCCUACAAAAUCGUCAAGACACUCAAAUGGGACAAGUAUUCAAACACAAUGUUGAAAGAUAUCCCUUUGGAGAUUUUUGGCAUUUGGCAGACAUCCCCCUAUGUGCCACCAGUAGCCAAAAAUGGCAUUGUACCACGCAAUGAGUAUGGGAAUGUCGAGUUAUUCAAGGAUUGCAUGCUGCCGAAGAACACAGUUCACAUUCAAUUGCCCGGAAUAAAUAAAAUCUGCAAGAGAUUGAACAUUGAUUGUGCCCCAGCAAUUGUGGGCUUUGAUUUUCACAGUGGUUGGUGCCAUCCGACCAUCGAUGGAUUUGUCAUUUGCAAGGAGUUUGAGGAUAAAGUCCUGGAUGAGUGGAAUAGGGAACAGGAUGAAGCUGAGAGGAAGGAGGAUGAGAAGCGUGAGAAGAGGGUUUAUGGAAAUUGGAGGAAACUCAUCAAAGGACUUCUUAUUCGGGCAAGACUUCAGGCCAAAUAUAAUUUCAAGGAUGAGGAAGGAUCUUAAUGGAUCUUUCUAAAUUUGUAUCAUUGCGAGAUUUUUUUUGUACAGCUACCUCUUAUGUGAUGGUGCAGUGUAGAUUUUCAUUGAAAUUUGCACAAUAAAUUAACUUUCUGUAUAUAAA